AUGGUCAAAGUUGGGUUGCAAAUUAGUGCGACGCUCGAGAACAUCGAAGAGAUCAAGACAUGCCAUCCGGAUUAUUCGUUCUUCCUGAAAUUGAAAUGCACCAAUUGUGGCGAGGAAUCGGACAAAUGGCACGAUAUUACGGAGAGCGAGCGCGUGCAGCAGAGCUCGAGGACCCCGGAUGGAUUCAACUUCUAUAUGAAAUGCAAAAUGUGCAGCCGCGAAAACACGAUGGACAUCAUUGAGGGUAGCAAUGCUACAUAUACAAGUGACGACGCUGGAAAAAUGAAAACAAUUGUAACAUUCGAUUGUCGUGGCGUCGAACCUACCGAUUUUUCGCCACGAUCUGGUUGGAUUGUUAAAUCCUCGGAAAAUGGACAAACAUUUGAUAACGUCGAUCUAUCUGAAGAUGACUGGGUGGAGUACGAUCAGAAAAAUAACAAUUCCAUUGGCAUUUAUGAAUUCCAAUCAAGUUUUAUAAAGUUGAAGAAAUAAAGAUAUUGACAUAAUUUUA